AUGUCUCGAACCACCGUCGUUCAAGAGUACGGCGCUCCGCCGGUCAAGAACCCAACAUUAAGCCUAGAUACCAAAACCGCAGAUGAGGCCGAGUACGAUAUCAUCAAGCGACCCAAGGGCUAUCGCGUAUCCUGGCAUGCCAAUCCGGCUGUCGAACCGCAUCAUUUUGGCUCGAAUCACCCGAUGAAACCAUGGCGACUGACGCUCACGAAACAGUUGGUCUUGGCCUACGGGAUGCAUCACGCAAUGGACCUCUAUCUAUCCCGGUCGGCAACGUACGAGGAACUGGCAGAAUUUCACAGCUCGGAUUACCUCGAGUUCCUAACGCAAGUGCUGCCGGCGGAUAUGGAGUCAACGUCCCAGGUUGACACCCUCGCCCGCUUUAAUUUUGGGGAUGACUGCCCGGUUUUCGACGGCCUAUUUAACUACUGCUCGCUCUACGCGGGCGGAACCUUGGACGCAGCGCGAAAGCUCUGCAAUAAUCAAUCUGAAAUCGCAAUAAACUGGUCCGGCGGUCUCCACCAUGCCAAAAAGGCCGAGGCGAGCGGUUUUUGCUACGUCAACGACAUCGUACUUGGGAUCCUCCAGUUACUCCGGAUUCACCCCCGUGUGAUGUACAUCGACAUCGACGUCCAUCACGGCGACGGAGUCGAGCAAGCCUUUUGGUCAACAGAUCGCGUUCUCACCGUCUCCUUCCACAAAUACGACAAGGAAAACUUCUUCCCCGGCACCGGACCCUUGGACAGCACCGGCCCUUCUCACCCCCUCAACCCAGGCGCCCACCAUUCCCUCAACAUCCCCUUAAACGACGGCGUCGAAGAUAGCGACUACGUCGCCCUGUUCAAAUCCAUUAUCGGCCCUUGCAUCCGCACUUACCAACCCGGCGCCAUCGUCCUCCAAUGCGGCGCUGACAGCCUCGGCUGCGACCGCCUGGGCUGCUUCAACCUCAACAUCCGCGCCCACGGCGCCUGCGUCGCCUACACCAAGACUUUUGGCCUGCCCACCCUCGUCGUCGGCGGUGGCGGGUACACCCCGCGCAACGUCUCGCGCCUCUGGGCCUACGAGACCGCGAUCUGCCUCGACGCCGAGAACGACCUCAACCCGGUCCUCCCUGAAUCACUCAAGUUCCGCAACCACUUCCGCCCCGACUGCACGCUGUUCCCGCCGUUGUCGGAGAUGCGCAAGGUGGAGAAUAAGAACUCGAGGGCGUAUUUGGAGUCGUUGGUGCAGAGUACGAUGGAGCAGUUGAGGUAUAUCAAGGGGGCUCCCAGUGUGCAGAUGAGCGUGAUUCCGCCGGAUAUACUGGGAUUGAGGGAGGAAAUCGAACGGGAGCUGGAGGAGGAGAAAUUGUUGGGUGAGGAGGAGCAGGAAGAUCGUGACGGGGCGGGUGUGAGCACGGUGGGUAUUGGUGGAUCAAGAUCUAGUCGGAGAAAGGAUCAAGAGAAAGGGCUGGGAGUUAGAGGGGAGCUGUAUACAUGA